GAAUCUCCGAAAAAAGUAAAAAAAAUAAAAAGAAAACAAAGAAAAAAACAAUUACAGCAAAUAAAUUUAACAACAAAUAAUUCUCCGACAAUUAAUAAUAAGAAAAAACAAAAAAAAAUAUUGUCAUCGAAAAUUUCACGUGAAACACCAUUUCCAAUUAUUAAAAAAAAAUCCACCUUCGUUGGUGUAAAGGGACCAGUUUUGGAUAAAUUAGAAAAUUUAAAUAAUAAAACAGAAAAAAUGUCAGUGAAAAAAAGAAAGUUCAAAAGAAAUCGAAGACAAAAUUUAGAGGAAAAUGAAUUAAUGAAUUCUUCUGUUUCAAAAGAGAAGAAAAAAAAGAAAUUUUCGUCUCAAAAAGAAACGAUGAAUUUUAAUAGUCCCAAGAAAAUGGUUUUGGGAAAAAUGAAAAAUGAAAAUAAGAAAAAAAUUAUGGAAAAUAGAGGAAAAAUGACAAAUAAGAGAAAUCGAUCAGAAAUUGAAGGGGAGAAGGAAGAAGUAAUUGAGUCAAAAAAGCGAAGAAAGUCGAAGAAAAAUAAAUCUAAUGCGCUCGUAAAAAAUUCGGGCAAAAAGAGUCAAUUAAAUAAAAAAAUAGAUGUGAACACACUGAAAGGAAUGUUGAUGGAUAAAGAGGAAGAGAAGAACAAACCAAAUUGGGAAAAUUCAUCGUCAACAUUGAGAGAGAGAAUGAUUGCCCAACUUCGUUCGUCGAGAUUUCGCUUUAUCAAUGAAACUUUGUACAAUAAUGCGAGUUUCGAAUCAAAGAAAUAUUUCAAAGACGAUCCUGAAGCCUUCGACGCUUAUCAUAAAGGUUUUCAGCAACAAGUCGAUAAUUGGCCUUUGAAUCCUGUCGAUAUUAUUAUAGAAUCAAUCAAAAAAUGUCCGAAAGAUUACAUUGUAGCCGAUUUUGGCUGUGGGGAAGCAAAAAUCGCGGAAUCAGUUUCUCAAAAGGUGCAUUCCUUCGAUUUUGUGGCGAUGAAUGAUAAAGUUACAGUUUGUGACAUGGCGCACACGCCUCUUUUGAAAAGUGGAGUAAACAUCGUUGUUUUUUGUUUAUCACUCAUGGGAACGAAUCUCAACGAUUAUUUACUGGAAGCAAAUCGUGUUCUCAAAAAAGGGGGAAUCAUGAAAAUUGCAGAAGUGGAAAGUAGAUUUGAGAAUAUCGAGGACUUCAUUAAAUUAGUCACAAAUUAUGGAUUCGUCAACACAUGGUCGGAUCUCUCGAAUGAUUUAUUCUACUUUUUGGAUUUUAAAAAAGAGAAAGAUCUCGAAAAGGGAAAAUCGAAACUCCCUGCAAUUGAACUCAAACCCUGUUUAUACAAAAGACGGUAAUAAUCGAAAAAAAAUAUUAAUGACAUGGAUUUUUAAUUCUUUUUCUCAAAGAAACCAAAAUUCUUUUUGUUUGUACAAAAAAGUGAUUUUAAAAAUGAUUUUCUAAAAAUAUUUUUUAGUUUCAUAAACUAAAAACUAAAGGAAUUUACAUUGUACAAUAGAGUAAGAAAUAUAGUUUUAAGUAAAAAUGUAAAUAGAAUUACUUAGAAAAUGUUAAACUGAAUAAGUAGAUAAUAAAUUGAAUUUUAAGUAAAAAAAAAA